UCAUGGACUCUCAGGCUUUGCCCCAUCCUGGUGACCUUCCUCUGGAUACUUUCCAGCUCAUCAGUGUCCUUCCUAACCUAUGGCGUUCCAGAGGGAGUCUGGACCAUCCUCUGUGUUGUCUCAUUGAGGGCAGCUCAAGAUCAUGGGAACUUGCAGUCUCCCAUCCACCCUCCAAUCUUCUUUUCACACCAGGUUUUCUGCCAGGCCUUCCUAUUUUGUACUUGUGGAGGUUGUGGCAUGGAGCUCCCAGAGCCAUCUUCUCUUCAAGUACCUGUGGUGGAUGUGCAGAUAGAUAACUUCAAGGACAUGUGGCCUUCUAUUCUCUUGGCAAUCCAGACGGCCAGCUUCGUAGCUGUGGACACGGAACUCAGUGGGCUUGGGGAGAGGAAGAAUUUGCUGGAUCAUUGCAUCGAAGAGCGAUAUAAAGCCGUGGCCAAAGCAGCUCGGACCCGUUCUGUCCUCUCCCUGGGCUUGGCCUGCUUCAGGCAACAGAUUACCAAGGCUGACCACAGUUACCUCGUGCAAGUGUUCAAUCUCACUCUGCUGUGCAUGCAAGAGUACAUCAUCGAGCCACAGUCGGUCCAGUUCCUGGUGCAGCACGGCUUUGACUUCAACCGGCAGUACACCCAGGGCAUCCCCUACCACAAGGGCAACGACAAGGGGAAUGACAGCCAGAUCCAAGGAGUCCGGAUGCUGUUCCUGGAGCUGAUCCGUGCCCGCCGGCCGCUGGUGUUACACAACGGGUUGAUCGACCUGGCCUUCCUCUAUGAGAGCUUUUAUGCUCACCUCCCGGACAAGCUGGUCACUUUCACGGCUGACCUCUUUGAGAUGUUCCCGGCUGGUAUCUAUGAUACCAAGUAUGCUGCUGAAUUCCAAGCGCGCUUUGUGGCCUCCUACUUGGAAUAUGCCUACAGGAAGUGUGAACGGGAGAAUGGGAAGCAGCAGAUUGCUGGAGCUCCCCACGUGGUCUUGGAUUUCUGCCGCUACCCAUCUAGUAUGGACUCCCACAUUGACUACCGUGGCUGUUCCACACCCAGGGCCCGCACCCACUUGAGCUCCAACCUCGCCACUUCUGGCAUCUGUGACACUUUUUCCGCCUACGGCUGGUGCCCCCUGGGCCUGCAGUGCCCUCUGUCCCAUGAUGUUGACCUCAUCAUCAGCACAGAUGAGGCUAUGGAGGACAAAAGAAGGCGGCGGGGCCGGCGGAGGAAGCGGUGGAAGGCACGGCAAGGCCGGACUGGGCCUCUGCCCACGGAUGGGCCAACCCCUACAAAACAGACCUGCAGGGAAGGCCUUGGGAUUGAAUGGGAAGAUGGGAACAACCCCCUAGGGGACGAGGAUGAGGGCGAGGUUGAGUUUAAUGCUGAAGCCGAGGGGGAGUUUGAUGCUGAAGCUGAGGGUGAGGCUGAGACCGAAGAAGGUGAAGGUGAGGCUGAGAUUGACGAUGAGGCUGAGGAGUUGAUUUCGUGUGGUCCAGAGGCAAGUUCCAGUGAGGACCUGGAACCAGAACUGGAGCUGAGGCCAAGGGAAAGACCUAGGUCUAGGGGUCCCAACAUAGGAGGUGGGCUGCACCGUGCUGGCUUCGAUGCUUUCAUGACAGGCUACGUCAUGGCCUAUCUGGGGCUGAGUAAGAAUUCCAAGCCCUCCAGCCAUGACCAGCUUUGGUUACCAGAGUGCCACAAUAAGGUGUAUCUGAGUGGCAAGGCUGUUCCCCUGCCCAUUGCCAAGAGCCACUUCUCUAGGACCUCAAAAGCCCACAAUGAGAAGAUGAAGCUGGCCUGGGGCUGUAGCUAAGCCAGACCGUCAGGGAGCAGUGCCGGGGGGAGGCUGGGCCCCUGGGCUUCCUCUUCUUUGGCUUGCCCUUUUACCACCCCACACCUGGGAGACGGGUGUGGUCAGGGCCUGGAUUGGGGCAGUUAGAGCCUGAGACGAUAGAAGCCUGUGAGGAGAGCAGGACUCCUGUGGAUAGCAUCCCCUUCCCAGGGCCCCAGAAAGCCAAGUCUGACCAGCUACCUGCAACUCUUUAAUUUUUAAAUCUGAAAGCAACUUGGUAAAGUUUUACAAAAAAGAAAGAAAUUAUGAAACAACUUAA